AUGACAGCAAGAUUCAACUCAAAGGAAGGAAGGUCUCAAUUAUACAAUGCUACGCACCUAAAAAUAUUGCAGAGCAAGAGAAAAAGGAGGAAUUCUACAGACAACUUCAAUCAACACUGGACAAGACACCGCCUCAGUUGGCGAUAUCAAAAUUCUAAUGGGUGGGGCGACAUGAAUGCCAAACUGGGAGGGGAGAACACAGGAAGAGAACUAACCAUGGGUCAAGAAGCGCUAGGUGAGGUGAUGAACGAGAAUGGAGAAUUGUUUGCAGAAUUCUGUGCAUUCAACGAUUUGGUGAUUGGAGGCAGUAUGUUCAAGCACAAGGAUAUCCAUAAAGCGACAUGGAUUUCACCAGACACCAGAUGGACACACUAAAAAUCAAGUCGACUUUAUCUCAAUCUCAAGAAAGCGGAGAUGCAGUCUGCUUGACACAAGGUCAAGAAGAGG